AUGGUUUCACUUCGUAGUGGCAAUGAGCCUGUGCUGGCAGAGAGCAACACGAACGCAACGUCUACACUCGAGUUUAAGAAGUCGGAAGCCGUGGGGACGAAGAGGAAGACCGAGGAUGAAAUUCCUGAUGAAGAGGAUAAGGAGAAUGUAUCACAGUCAGAUCCUAAAUCGAGGAAACUCGAUGCAAUUGGCGAGAAGAGCAAGUCAGAUGGACGUUCCGUUGACAAUGAUAAAGAUGCCCAAGAAGUGAGGGCAACCACCGAAGAAGCCACUAAAGUGGGCCGAGAGCACACUCCCGGACGUGACGGACCCAUUAAAGAGGAACAACGCUCAGCUUCGCCAGAUAUCAAGUCAUUUAAAGGACCGCCUGGGAAGAAGGUUCGUAAGACAGCUUAUGAGAAGAAUGAGGAGUACAAGCAGUUCAUCCGGGAGACGCCAGGGCACACAUUUUACGAACUAUACGUAUGUUUCGAUAAAGGACCCAACGGCUCCCCCACCUACGACAAAUCAGGCUUCCAGCUCGACUACAACAAAGUAGCCGACUGGAUGAAACCCACCCCCUACAACAAAAGCCGAAUGGUUAACGGCAUGGAGAAAGCGAUCGCAAAAAGCAAGACGGAGAGCGAGCAGAUGGCUGAGAUAUUCUUCGAGAAAGGAGAGGCUCCCACGGAUAGUUGGAAGGUUUCUACGGCAAAGGAUUACUGGAAGGAUCGUGUGUCAAAGGACUUAACGUGCCAUGGCAUAAGAUUACGGCCGACCAUUUUAGGAAGUGGGAGAAGAAGGGGUUCAGGAAGGCGAGGAGAGGGGAGUAUGAGAAUCCGACAGAGGGGGAGAAGAAGAGGAUGA